CCGAUGUCUGGGGAGUAUUUCGCAACAGAAUUUUGCUUACUUGACGUCUGCAUCCCCCUGGACGGACAAUCCCACUCCUUCGUCUGCAGCGGGUGGGCAACCUUGAGAAGCCAACAUGUCGGGCGUAUUAGCGGAGAUGUGGGCGUGGUUCGGAUUGACGGUGGUGGUUGUCGGUGCGCGGUUUCUGUCUCGACGAAUGCUCUUCAAGACUUUCAAGGCGCUACAGGCGGACGAUUGGCUGAUGUUGUUCUUGAUGCUCGUGUAUACAGCGUUGCUAGGAGUCAUCCACAUCCAAACAUAUACACCCACAAAUUUAAUAGAUCCGGAGGACACCGCUACCAUCGCAAGCCUUACAGCCGAAGACAUCAAGAAACGAGAGUAUGGUUCGAAACUUGUGCUGGUGACCGAGCAUCUUCAGAUGAUUGUUAUCUGGAGUGUGAAAGGUUGCUUGUUGAUAUUGUAUUCUCGUUUGACUAUGAGUUUGCGGCAUAAUAUCUUUGUCAAGUUCGUGGCCUGGUACGUUGUCCUCAGCUUCAUCCUGAUGGAGAUUCUGUGGUUCAUCUGGUGUCGACCUUUCCACUUCUACUGGAAGGUCCCUGCGCCAAGCCUGAACUGCUCGGCAGAAACGAACCACAUGAUCACGAACGCUGUGUUCAACUUAUCUUCGGACGUAAUGAUCAUCGCGCUUCCUAUGCCCGUCCUCAUCGGCUCGCAGCUCCCUUGGCAGCGCAAGCUCACACUCUGCUGUGUCUUCGCGCUCGGUAUCUUUACAAUAUUGGCGGCCAUCCUGAGUAAGUACUACUCUUUGGGCACGCCUUAUGGCAUCGAGUGGAUCUACUGGUACAUCCGCGAAGUAUCGACCGCCAUCAUCGCUGCGAACCUGCCCCUUACGUGGACGCUUCUACAACGAAUCUUCGGCAUGAGCAACUUCUAUUCGCGCAACAAGUCUUCGGACCCACGAUCCGGAAGGGUGACUGGUCAGAGUAAAUUCCGCUCUACGUAUGGGAACCUCACGAGCCGGACAAGAGAUACGGGCGAUAGAAAACCGAAGGACCCACACCCUAUCGACAUAAGUCCUUCUGAGAGCCAGGAACAAAUCAAUGGAGAGCUCGGCUACCCAUUGAAGAUUUGGCACCAGCAGGAAGUACAGGUAACAUCUGAGGAGGUGGAUCCCAACGAUCGUUCCUCGCUAUCCGACAAGUCGGAGAAGUCAGUGCCUGUACCUUCGAGCGGAGACCCACAGGUUCGCAACGGGGACAUGGGCAUCGUGACUAAGGUUUCCCAUGCUAUGUAAAAUGUAUUGCAAACAACCUCAUCGCGAGGAUGUUCCCUCUAUGGCUCUGCAGGCUGCACACAAAUCCACCACGGUCCGA